AUCAAUUUUGUUGUCUCUGGUUGUGUGUGUAUAGAACUUGAUUUUAUUUUUGUAAUUUCUCGCUACAAAAUUUAUUGUUUUAAUACAAUGAGUGCAUUAUAAUUUGCUCGAUAUGCAGUCUAACAUUAAUGAUAGCUUGUCUGAAAGAAAUUUAGAAAUCGAUGGACCAUCUGCUUCUCCUUUGUCCACGUCGCAUCCACUGCGAUCAAAGAGUACCGUAAAUAGUACCAUCAAAGAUAACCAGCUUUCUCCGUCUAAAAAACCACCGAUUAAUUCGGAAACGACCAGACAGCAGCAAGAUGAGAGCAAGAUUAGAAGUGAAACAAAAUCUAACACUGUAAGCGAAAUCUCUGUUCAAUGUCAAAAUUUAAAUUUAGGUAGUGUAAGAAAUGAAGUAAAUCAAGGAGACAAUCGGGUAAUCCCGAAAAGAAAAAAUGCUAGGAAGAAAGAGAGAUUGAAAAGCCUGUCUUUGCACACAGCAGAUCAUGUUCAAGUUACACAAACUCAAAAUAGCUCAAAUUGUUCUGCAACAAACGAAAAACGCAUACCAUUGCAAACACCAGAUAAUGUUAAAGUAACCCAAAAUAGCUCCAAUUUUGCUGCAUUAAAUGAGGUGAUGUCAAUUCAAGAAUAUUUUACAAAGUGCAUUACACCAAUGUAUGCAGCUACCAGUUCCAGGUUUUUAGAGAAUCUAAGUAAUCAUCCACAGUUUCAGUUUCUAAAUUAUAAUAAUAUGCCAUUAUCAUCAAGCGUUCCAAACACACCAGAAAUAUAUAAUACUAUGUAUAACAGGCCACAUAGUUCAAACCAUAAUUUGCCUAUUGUCCAAUCGGAACCCAAUUCACCAAAAUUUUUACAAAAUGUUAUGCAACAUCCAUUAUUAAGUAAGACACUCUCAUUUCAAAAUCAUAACCAUGUAAAUUAUAGGCAUAGAAGAUUUUACUCUGAAACAUCACAAGAACAUAAUUCACCAAGGGAUAAAAAGAAAAAUAAAAAGAAAGAGCAAUCUGCUGACGAAAAAAAGUUUGAGCAAUACAUUUCUGAUAGUGAAGUUGAAUCAGGUUUGAAAGCAAAUACUCUAGUUGAGGGUGUAUUGCGAAUUAAUCCAAAACAAUUCCAACACUCAUAUGUUUCAAGUAGUGACCGCAGCGAACAGGACAUACUUAUAGAUGGAAUGAAAAAUCGCAACAGAGCUUUAGAAGGAGAUGUAGUGAUAGUAAAAUUUAUUGAUGACAAUGACAAUGAUGAUGGCAAUGAUGGUAAUAAACAAAAGAAAGGGAAAGUAGUCUACAUUAAAGAAAAAGUUCAUAAUCGUACUUGUAUCGGUAAUUUGAAGCUAAUGGCUGAUAAAAAUAGACAAAAAGCUCUUUUUGUUCCUCGUGAUCAUAGAAUUCCAAGACUUAAUAUACCAUUUACAUGUUGGCCUGAUAAUUUUUAUCAGGAUUACAAGAAGUAUGAAAAUACAUUAUUUUUAGCUAAAAUUGAGGAAUGGUAUGAUACAAGGUUUGCAGUGGGUAAAAUCAUAUGCAAUAUUGGUCAAUCAGGUGAUAUGAUUACUGAAACUAGAGCUAUUUUAGCUCAAAAUGAUCUAGAUGUUACACCAUUUGGCUCUGAAGUUAGACAUUUAUACCCACGUCUUGAUUUUUCUAUUCCUUUAGAUGAAAUCCAAAAAAGAGAAGACUGCCGACAAUUGUGUCUAUUUAGCAUUGAUCCUCCGAAUUGUAGAGAUAUUGAUGAUGCAGUUUCAUGUAGACCACUGGAAAAUGGCAAUUAUGAAGUAGGUGUUCAUAUUUCUGAUGUUGCUCACUUUUUGACUGAAAAUACACUACUUGAUGAAAAGGUAGCUGAUAAAGCUACAACAAUUUAUCUGGUUGAAAAAGCAUAUCACAUGUUGCCUGAUGACCUUUGCAUGCUUUGCUCUUUAUUUCCGGGUGUUGAUAAAUUAGCCUUCUCUGUGUUCUGGGAAAUCAAUGAUGAUGCUGAAGUACUAAACCAUAGGUUUGCCAAAACUGUUAUUCAUUCAUGUUGUCAAUUAGCUUAUGACCAUGCCCAAGCUGUACUUGAAGAUAGAGAAGAUGCAGAAUCAAUAUUUCCAGAAACUUAUAAUGGAUUUGCAUACAAAGAUAUUUAUAAGGUUAUAAAAAUUCUUGGAAAAAUUACUGCCAUUUUCCGUAAAAAAAGAUUUGAUGGUGGAGCUCUAAGAAUCGAUCAACCAAAGGUUUCGUUUCAAUUGAAUGCUAAUAAUGGCUUACCUGAAUCUUUUUGGCUCUAUGAAAAUAAAGAAAGUCAUCAACUUAUUGAAGAAUUUAUGUUAUUAGCAAAUAUGACAGUAGCAAAAAGAAUACAUGAUGAUCAUCCAAACUUAGCAUUUCUCAGAUGUCACCCGCCUCCUAGCGGCUUUAUGUUGAAACAGCUAGUCAAAUCAUUGCAGCCUAUGGGCAUAAACUUAGACAUAUCAUCAGCUGGAGAUCUCCACAGUUCACUAAUGCAAUAUAUUACCUCAGAAGACAGGGGCAGAGCCAUGGUCUUAAAUAUGUUGUGUGCAAAGCCAAUGGCCAGAGCUAAAUAUUUUUGUGCUCAUGGUUAUGAUGAUGAUUUUCACCAUUAUGCACUGAAUGUCCCACUUUACACCCAUUUUACUAGCCCAAUACGGAGAUAUGCUGAUAUUAUGGUUCACAGAUUAUUAGCAGCAAGCAUAAACUUCAGAGAUACACCAGACUGGGAAGUUGAUAAAGUGCGCAUGAUUGCUGCACAGUGCAAUAAGCAAAAAUAUAAUGCAAAAAAAGCUGGGGAAAUGUCAACAGAGUUGUAUAUGUUAAAGUAUAUAGAACUGAAUUCUCCGGUUAUUACAGAAGCUGUGGUAGUUGAAGUCAGAGAGAAAUACAUUGAUGCUAUAAUUGUUGCCAUGGGGUUGAACAGAAGAAUUUUUCUUAAUAAUGUCUUCCCAGGAGAAUAUAAAUGCAUCAAAAAUGAAGCUGGUGCAAGACUUUCAAAAAUGGAACUAACUUGGAAACCAGCAGAACACCUGACAGAAAUAAAACAAACUAUUGAAGUAUUUUCCAUUUUAAAGGUUGAGUUAGUGAAAGGUGAUGAUAUGGUGAAAGUUGAAUGCAAGCUUGUGAGGCCCCAGUAAUGUUUUAAUAUUACUGAUAAUGUUUUUUCCAAUUCAUGACAAAUAAACCUUGUUUUGGUUUAAGCUUGCUAUUUUUUAUGAAGACAUAAAUAUUUAGUGACAAAAUGUUUGUAAAUUUUGUUUUUGUACAUAACUUUUAAACUCUGUACAAAGAAUAAAAUUUCCUAGAAUUGUGAAUUACAUAAAAAAUCUUUUACCAAGGCCAUUGCCUGUGCUAGUUUAAAUAAAAAGUAUGUAGUAUUUUACGAUUCAAUUGUAUGAAGUGGGUGUAUAAAAUUUCAAAAUUAUUUAUAUGCAUCAAAUUAUGUUAAAAUAUAAUAAGAUUGUUUAAAAUCUUGUUUUGCAAAAAAUAAUGAGUUUUUAUAAUCUUUUUUUGAAGGCAAGUUUUUCAUAUUUUUUAUAAUUACUGAAUAAUAAUAGUAAUUGUGGUGUACCUAUUUGGUUAUUACCACUUAGUACAAUUAAUUGUUACAUAAUAAUUUAGUUUAAGAUCAAAGCUCAAUCAGCUUGUUAACGCUUACGCCUACGGUGUAAAUAAUAAAUUUUAUGACUAAUCAUCUUUUUUUUAUUGAAUCUAUUUUGAUAAAUGGUUGUGCUACGCUCGGGAGUCUUUUCAGGUAAACCACUAAACUGUGUGGCUUGGCGGGUUUUUCACAAGACUGUAUUAGGCUAAGUUGAGAUACUUGCGCGUCAAACGAGUUCAGAUGACAAGUGUUAAGUUGAUAACACACGGCCACCCUCAUCCAUUUUUAGCGGUUUCAUACGUUUGCAUGCAUCGAGUCACGCGGAUCAUGAUCAACUGAACAGCCCGAUACUUGACUAUAGGAACUU